AGCAAAGCAGUAGCAUUUUUAUUUGUUUUUGUAUUGUUGGCGGUAUUUUUGUUUUAAUUUAAAUGCAAAAAAAUAUGACAACGGAUCGCGAAAAGAGUAAACGAACUUUAAAACUAAUAGAAUUAGUUAAAAAAAAUCCUGAAUUAUAUAGAGUCGGUAAAAAUUACAAAAAAAAUAGCAAAAUAUGGAAAGCAAUAGCAGCAGAAUUGAAAGAAGAUGUUUAUGAAUGUAAGAGAAAAUGGGAAGCAUUACGAGUCUCGUACACAAAAGAAUUAAGGUUACAGAAGGGUUUGGAGCGUCGUGGCAAAAUGAAAGCGGUUCGAACGGGUUGGUAUUUAACGAAGGAAAUGUCAUUUCUUGAAAAUUGUAUAACACGUCAAAAAACUAAAAGUGAUUGGAGUUCCUCAUUAGAAGAAUAUACAGGUGGUGAUACAACAAAUUCAGAUACUUUUGACAAAAUAAAAGAAAAAACUCGUAUAUCUGAUAUAACGAGACCAGUACGAAGCGAAAGUAUUCCGUGUACGGAAAAUACAACAAAGUCAGAUACUUCUGUCAAAAUAAAAAAAAAAACUCGU